GUUCUCUUCAAGGAUGGACGAUACUAACGUCCCGAACAGAGCUCCCAAACUCUUGGGAACUCUCAUUGUGUUCUUGGUGUUGUCGACCGUGGUGGUCGGGCUGAGAGUAUAUUGUAGGGCGUGUGUACUGAAGGUCUUUGGCCGUGAGGAUUGGCUGGCUAUCAUCGCCGUUAUUGUGAACUUUGGCUACUCGACAUUAACGGUCCUCUCGCUGGAAAAAGGUUACGGGAAGCACCUCAAAGAUGUUCCUCUGCAGAGCUAUGAGGGGCUACUCAAGUUAGCAUAUGCCACCAGUUUUGCGUGUGCCUUGGCCCCAUGCACGGUGAAGCUCAGCGUUCUUGCACUCUACUACGGAUUAUCAGUGGAGCCUUCUCACCGCCGCUGCAUCAAGAUCACCAGCUGGGUGGUGAUAAUCUACACCAUCAUCCUCCUCUUCGUAAGUAUAUUCAUGUGCUAUCCCAUUUCCAAAGCCUGGGAUGUCCUGCACUACCCCAGUGGCUGUCCCCUACGGCUGAACGACAUACUGGCGAUCCAAGCCGGGUGCAACCUCGUCGGCUCAGUGGUAAUAUACUGCAUGCCGCUGCCGGUGAUCUACGCCAUCAACAUACCCCGGCGAGACAAGAUCACGAUUGUGCUCAUGCUGCUAUUUGGCGGCAUCGCCGUGGUGGCUUCCAUCUUACGGCUGAAGUGGUUGCUGGAUUUCAACUGGGAGAACUAUGAUUUCACAUGGGAAGCAACCACCUCGGGCCUGUACGCCAUAAUCGAGUGCAACCUAACGCUGAUCACAACGAGCCUAUUUGCCGUGCGGCAGCUGAUCAUCAGGGGGAAGCGGGCGCUGACCUCGCCGCCACCGCCGCCACCUCCUCCUCUACCACCACCACUACAUUCGCGGCUACAUUCGCAAACAAUACCGCCGGAUUUCUUGGUCGAGAUGGAGAUGUUCUCGCGGAAAAAUACAAACUCGGAUAGCACCGAUCAGAUCGUGGCUGCUACGAGGGAUAGUCGCAGCGGAAGGAACGAUAGUAUAGUAUGAGGGAACGGCGGCGGUGGAGGGUUGAUUAGAGAUUUCCGUCGACGGAUUGCUUGUUCCCUCGGCGUUAAGGAGGCAUCGGGGGCGAUUCUUACCAUGCGAUAUACACAGCCAGGCUCCACGGCAGGCCCGGUUUGUGCAUGUGUUUUGUACGGAUUUGGCUGAUGGACUGUACGAGAAACGAUGAUGCGCCCCCCUCCCCCAGUCCAUCUUUUCGUCCUAGGUCGGGGAUGGGAAAAUAAUGUACAUACAUAUUAAAUAAUGAUCCAAAUAAUUCCACCUGGUAGGUGGCUCGACAUGCUGGAUAUGAGUCUGUCAGGGACUCGGAGAGAGAGAGAGGGAACAUCAAUUUAUUGUCGUUCCUGCCAGACCUGCGGGGGGACAUAGACGAAGCCUGGUGGGCUG